AUGGCGAGAACCCUUUCUGUUCUCGGACUGCUCACGGCUGUGGCUUCGGCUGCCGUUAUCCCUAGAGACUAUCCCAGUGACGACGUUCUUGCCAAAUGCCCAGGCUACCGGGCUUCAAACGUCCAGACCUCCUCUUCAGGCCUUACCGCAGACCUAUCCCUAGCCGGCGAGGCUUGUGACGUGUACGGCACUGACUUGACCGACCUGACUUUGACUGUUGAGUACCAGACCGACACUCGCCUCCAUGUCAAAAUCCAGGAUGCCGGGAACCAGGUCUACCAGGUCCCCGAGUCGGUGUUCCCCCGCCCCGAUGCCGGCGGCGUGAGCUCGGAGAAAUCCAAGCUCCAAUUCAACUACACCGAGAGCCCUUUCUCCUUCACCGUGAUCCGGCCCGACACGGGUGAGGUCCUCUUCGACACCUCGGGCGCCAACAUCGUCUUCGAGAGCCAGUACCUGCGCCUCCGCACCAAGCUGCCCGAAAACCCCAACCUCUACGGCCUGGGGGAGCACUCCGACCCUUUCCGUCUCAACACCACAGAUUACAUCCGCACGCUGUGGUCCCAGGAUUCAUAUGGCAUUCCCUCCGGUGCCAAUCUAUACGGGAACCACCCUGUCUACUACGAGCACCGCAAGAAUAGCACUCACGGAGUCUUCUUCCUCAACUCCAACGGUAUGGAUGUCUUCAUCAACAAGACGGAGGGGUCUGGCCAGUACCUCCAGUACAACACGCUUGGCGGAGUUUUGGACUUCUAUUUCGUGGCUGGCCCCUCUCCCAUAGAGGUGGCUCAGCAGUAUGCUCAUAUUACCGGGUUGCCUGCGAUGAUGCCGUACUGGGGCCUGGGCUUUCAUCAGUGCCGCUACGGAUACCGUGACGUCUUCGACGUUGCCGAGGUUGUUUACAACUACAGCAUCGCCGAGAUCCCCCUCGAGACCAUGUGGACAGACAUAGACUACAUGGACAGACGAAGGGUCUUCUCUCUCGACCCGGAGCGCUACCCCCUAGCAAAGGUGCGCCAGCUCGUCGACAAGCUCCACGAAAACGACCAGCACUACAUCGUCAUGGUAGACCCUGCAGUGGCCUAUGUCGAGUCCCCCACUUUGCAACGCGGCAUCGACGACAACAUUUGGCUUCUCCGCAGCAACGGCUCCGUCUGGGUCGGUGUCGUCUGGCCCGGCGUGACCGUCUUCCCCGACUGGUUCGCCGAGAACAUUACAAAGUACUGGAACAACGAGUUCGCCGGGUUCUUCUCGGCCGACGACGGUGUCGACAUUGACGCCUUGUGGAUUGACAUGAACGAGCCCUCCAACUUCCCCUGUUACUUCCCCUGCGACGAUCCCUACGGCUCCGCUGUUGGUUUCCCUCCCGAGCCGCCACCGGUCCGGGAGAACCCCCGCCUCCUGCGUGGCUGGCCUUGCGACUUCCAACCUCCUGGAACCGACUGUGGCAACAACCAAACCAAGAGAUCCGACGUCUUCGUUCGCAAGGAUAUCUCCCCCAGGACGAUCCCAGCCAGUCAGAAAUUUGACAACCUGAUCAUUGUCGACAGGCAAGUACCCGGCGACCAAAAGGGCCUUCCGGACCGCGAUCUCCUUUUCCCCAAGUACGCUAUCCACAACAAGGCCGCAUGGGACACGGCCUCGAACGCUGCCGGUGGUGGUAUCUCCAACAAGACGGUCAACACGGACGUCAUCCACCAGAAUGGGCUCACCAUGUACGACACCCAUAACCUCUACGGGUCGAUGAUGUCGACGGCCUCUAGGAUCGCGAUGCAGGCCCGCCGCCCGGGCCUCCGACCUCUCAUCAUCACGCGCUCGACCUUCGCUGGCGCCGGGACGUCCGUCGGCCACUGGCUCGGUGACAACCUUUCCAACUGGCAGCAGUACCGCGUCUCCAUCUCCCAGUUGUUGCAGUUCGCCUCCCUGUACCAGGUGCCCAUGGUCGGCUCCGAUGCCUGCGGCUUCGGCGACAACACCACCGAGCAGCUAUGCGCGCGCUGGGCCGCCCUCGCCGCCUUCUCGUCGUUCUACCGCAACCACAACUCCCUUGAUAGCAUAUCGCAGGAAUUCUAUCUCUGGGACACCGUUGCGGACAGCGCCCGCAAGGCAAUUGCCAUCCGCUACCGCCUCCUCGACUACAUCUAUACGGCGUUACAUCAGCAGACUGUCGAUGGCACCCCGCUCAUCAACCCAGUCUUCUACCUGUACCCCGAGGACGAGAAGACUUUUGGUCUCGACCUACAGUACUUCUACGGUGACGCCGUUCUCGUCGCGCCCGUAACUGAAGAGAACUCGACCUCGGUCGAUGUCUAUCUUCCUAACGACGUAUUCUACGACUGGUAUACCCACGAGACGAUCCAGGGCGCCGGCGCAACCAUUACCCUGGCAGAACAGGACUACACCACAAUUCCGCUCUUCAUCCGUGGCGGCUCCGUGCUGCCUCUGCGCGCCAACAGCGCCAUGACGACGAAGAAGCUCCGUGAGGAGAACUUUGAGCUUUUGAUCGCCGUGGGACGGGAUGGCACUGCCAAGGGUACGCUGUACCUCGACGACGGCGUCAGCCUGGAACAGGCCGGCGUCACGCUCGUCACCUUUGACUACAAGGACGGCAAGGUUUCUGUGGACGGCGAGUUCGGCUACGAGACACCGCUUAGGGUUUCCAAGGUCACGCUUCUGAGCGGAGGACAGACUGGAAAGAGGCAGGAGGCUGUCAAGUCGGUCGAAGUCGAUGAGCCCCUGACUGGACCCUUCGUAAUCGAGAUCAAUUAG